UAAUAAAGGGUGUACAGCAAAAAUUGCGUGAACAUUUAUGACAUGUCUGUUUUGUGAAUUUUGCACGUUUUGGCGUCAUGUAAUUCCUAUCAUUGGCCAAUUCAUGCAUUUAUGUGGAGAUUCUAUCCAUAAAGUACCCAAGAACACUUAGAUAAUAGCCAUGGUUAAGAAAGUGGACCAAAAAAGUGCGGAUUUGAAGGAAGAAGGUGAACUUUCUGAUGGGGAUCGGGAACAAGAGAAUUCGGCUGGGGAUUCCCCGAAACAAGGAUCUAUGAAAAGAGUGAAAGCGUCCAGAAAACCCCAUAAAAGUACAAGAGAUUUUGGUCAGAAAUAUAGCAGUUGCCACAACCAUGCCCAGUCACGAUAUCCAUCUGAAUACAGACAAUCUCAUUCUGACGUUUCAUUGUCAUUGGCGUCGUUAGAUAGGGAUCGUGAACGCUCGAGAAAUCCUGACAGGUCGUCUGCCAGUUUGUAUCGUCCACGAAGCCAUCAUCAUAGCCAUCCGUUGUCAGCAUCUUCAUUGACUCGUAUCUAUGAGCCCAAACUCGACACUACGAUCGGAACCCAUUUAAAAAAACUGGCCGCAGCAUCAAAAUCGCCAAUGAAUUAUCCAAAGACACCAAGAGGACAUGCUGAACGAUUUGUUCCUCCCAGAUUCAGAGGAAGCCGGUCGUUACAUGUAGAUAUUGAUGGAACAAAUGAAUCUGAUUAUUUAGAUGAGCCACCUCCUCCAGGUACUACUAAACCCAUCUCUAACCAUGACUCGAAGCCUGAGACGGUGCUACCCCUCUCGCCAGAAAAACCAGAUUAUGACUCACUUCUCAAACAGUAUCGAUUGAUCAAACGACGACUUGAUAACCUGCAACAGGAAGAAGACAAGGUGUCUGAUGUCCUUUUGGAUGCUGUCCCUCCUUAUGAUGAUAGAAAAGACAAGACAGAUAAUGCUUCAAGGGGAGAUGGAGAGGAUGAUGAAGAUGAUGACCUUAAUAUCUUAGAGCUGAGGUGGGCCGCCCUGGCAUCUGCUGCCAGGGCGUCGGUCAAAGGUUUAGAAGAUGACACCGCGGAGAAAUCUACACCGGCCACCAAGAAACGGUGUCCCAAGAAACCAGAGGGGGGGAAGUCUAAAUCGGGGAGCCCCAAGGCCAAGGGCAAUAAGAGCAAAUCUCGUCACACCAUCACCUGGAGUCAGAAUGCAGGCAAAAUAAAAGAGUCUGAAAUCGAACGGACGCGUCGUGAGUGUCAGAAGAUUUUGACUAUGGACGAUCCUGCAGAGCAAUAUCGCAGAUUUUUAUUGUUCGCUCGGAAACAUGUCGUUCCUGGAACAGCGUUGAGGAAAGGAAAGGAGAAGAAAUCUGACGUGCUGCAGGAUAAUUAUGAACCGGUGGAGAUGGAGAUUGAUAGUGAUGUGAGCUCUACAGACAUCCAGAUCAACAACAAUCAGCCCGAUUCCAUCUACUACCCCGAGAUGCCAGAUGCUAGUCUGUCUUUCAUGGAACCCGUGCCGUUUUGUCCACCUGGCUACCUGGACACGAUGUGUCCACCACCUAUUCCACCGCCACCACUGUCUGAACCAGAGAGGUUAUCCUUUGUAUCACCACUUCCUCAGACUAUUCCUCUCCCACCAUCGCCAGUACCAGAGCAGCCACCAAUGCCUCCAGAAGAAGAGAUGCCAUCCCCUCCACCUCCGCCUCCACCAUUAGAAGCUCCACCCUUGCCACCUCCAAAACAUGUACCUCCACCUCUGAAGAUUUCUUCAACUCCUCCCACUCCACCUAUUUAUAUUCCUACACCUAUCAAAAAGGGAGAGAAGGAGGAGCCUGAACCAGCCCUAAUACAUGAUGAACCAUAUUCCCCUGGAUCACCCUGUACUGAUUAUCGUAAGGAAGCAGACACAAGCUUGAAAUCUGUGAUAGAGAUUGGGGAUCCCAACACAAACAAUAUAAUGGAAGUUAUGACAAUUGAAGAGGACACUGAGGAAGAGUCAGAAGUUGAGGGGUCCACUGGGGUUGUCAGAGUGGAGGAUAUGAUUGACAAUGAAGAAGACACGCAGAAGGAGGACAGUGGUGAUGAGGUGCGGAAGGGUGCCUUAGGACACCUUGGGAAGAGUAACAACGAGGAUGAAGAAGAAGAAGGAGAGAUCCAUGAUGAUGACAUGACUGAAGAAGAAGAAGAAGACUUGGAUUGCUUACGAGCAAAAUUAUUAGAAAAUGUCGCAAGUCGGCGACGGAAGAAACUUCAGGAGCAGGAGGAGACAGUAAGAUGUGAAUCAUCGCAGUCACCCCCUAUUGUUACAAGGACUAACUUUUCAACGAGGAAAGUCGUGUUGACGUCGCAGACCAGACGUAACCAGCCAUUAAAUCGGACACAUUUACCUGUGCAUGAUCGUGUGGUGGUCCACCUUGGCGAUGACGGCAGUGAGAGUGAGGAGGAACCCGAACCUAAACCGGCAUCGAGUAGUACCUUCAGCCUUGGCCUUGAUCAGUUCUUGAAGGAGGUUCGUCAGUCUGUAGAGACUUCAAAAGGUGAAGUUAAACCCAAGGCCACUCCAGAAUCAAGGAAAAUUCCCAUUGUGUAUCGUUCAGUUGAACGAAAACAUUCCCCAUCGUCUGCUGCGGAUUUGUCAACUCAUGCGAAUGGCGAUAGAAAUGAUCAGAUACGAAUAACGGUGAAAAACGACCCCAAUGAACAGAAUGGUGACCAGUCACCUGCUGCUUGUAUCGUGAGCUAUGACUCUGUGUCAGUCGCCGAGUUGGACCAAACGAAAUCUGGUGCAGAAUGUGAUGAAAUGGAUGUGGGCGAAGACAUCAUAAACCAAGCUCCAGCUCCAGCGUACAAUGCACGUGAAAUACUUGAUGCAAAGUUUAAACAGUAUAAAAAAGACCUAGAAAACCAGAGGGCAACGAUGGUGCUAAAAGAAACUCGACACCGAGCCUUGGCCAGUCAGAUCGGAAAGCGGAAGACCAUCUUGAUGGCGGCGGAAAAGAAGGUUCAGAAAUUACGAGAGCAGUUGAUUGCAACCGAGCGUUUAGUUUUCAUGGGACGGGAGGAAAUAUUUCAGCUAACUAUGGAGUCAUCAACUCUCGCCACUAACGUAAAAGAGAGGAAAGAAAAUAUCACCAAACUAGAGGUAGAAUUUGCAGAAUUGGGAGUGGAUUUGUAUGGAAAAGAUUCCCAGUCGAGUUCAGCUUCAAAAAGGAAACCUCUUACGUCCCAACCUGGGGGGCCAGUGGUGAAAAAGGCUCGUCCUGCGCCAGAAAACACUCGUGCUGUCGCUCGUACUGCUGCUACUGAAAGGAAGAAGAAAGUGGAUCUUGCGCGGGCAAAGGAAAGGCAACGACUCAAUGAAAUGAAAGACCAGUUGGCAGAGAUGAUUAGCCAGUAUAAGAAACAAGCCAAAGCUAAAGAGAUAGAAAAUAAGCCACCGGUGCCUGAAUUGCCAUCGCCAAAAGUUGAUGACAUGUUCAAUGUUUUGAAAAAUAAGGAUAAAAUUCUUUUGGAAAGUGACGAGACUGUGGAGAAGAAAAAUGUCGACGCAGUAAAUAUUGACGAAUUUAGAGUGAGACGGAAAUCGCUUUUGAAUUUGAAUCAAAGUUUUAAACCUGACUUAGAACCUGAUCCAAAACAAGUGCAAUCUGCCAGUUCAGCUGAAAAAAAGACUGAUGUUGGUCAAAGGGUUGAAGGACCUGCUGCUGUAAGGAGGCCAGGAUCGAGUGAGGGGAAACAAAGCCGGAGUCGGACAGCCACUCCGGACCCGAAUGGUGCUAAGACGUUCCAGGUGACACUGCCAAAUAAACAAAAGAGGCUGCAGCUGGAAAGUUUAAUGGUCAAAAAUAGCCAGCCUUCCUAUCAUCACACUGGUCUAUAUGAAGCCAUCCCUAAAUUCCUGCCACCAGUCAGUCGAAUGGAGGACAUUAAGUUUGACACCAUCUCGAAAGAUACAUCAAAGUCGCUUCCUUCCAACAAAAUUUCUUCCUACAAGAGCGCUUUGUUGUGUUUCCGUGGUUAUCGCCUGAAUAAGUUUUUCCGAACCAAGGAGUGCAUUCCUUUGACCUCGCCUGUGAUAGCAAAUAAGUUCAACCCUACAAUACAAAUGUGUCGGUUUAGUCUGGAUGGCAUAUGUAAUGAUACGAAAUGUCCAUGGCAACACACCAAGGACUACGAAAUGAGCUUCGAGGAGAAACUUCAGGACAUUGUCUCCUACUGCCCAAAACUUGCUGGUGUGACGGAGAGUACGCCCCGGGAUGCAUACUCAAAGAAAAUCCGCGAUUAUGUGGACAUCUUCAUCAAACAGAACCAAGGUAAAGCCAUCAGCCAAGAUGACAUGUGUCUGCUACUUACGAGCCGUGUGAAUUCUCAACUGGGGAACAAGCAUCCCCACUGCACUCCCUACACAGGACGCGUUUGGAGGCCGACCCAAGCAGAGAAAGCAGACGUGGACUCCGAAGAUGAUGAGAAAGUGGAGGCAGGGUCUAAGCCAAGUGACUCUAUUGAUAAAAGAGGUCUCCAAAGUCAGCUCUCCGUCUCCGACCUAGAUAACAUAAUCAGCGAGAACGAUGUGCGGUAUUUCAUGUACGGCACAGAAGCAAUACAAGACUUGGAGGCCGAAGUACUUAAAGACAAGGAGAAUUCAUUCCUUUGGCUCAAGCUUGCUUAUAAAAAGUUAUACUCUGAAAAUGAUUCCUCCACUCCCACAACCUGCCUUGAUCAAGCGCUGAAUGUACUCGCACGAGCAUUGGAACAGAACAAGUCAAAUCAUGACUUAUGGCAGCAUUACCUCUCCAUGUAUCGUCGACGUGGUGACCUCACUGACCUCAAGGACCUGUGCGAACAUGCCCUACGCUAUGCUCCCUCGUACAAAAUAUGGUGGGAGUUUCUGAACACCAGCAACAGUUGUGAAGAAAAACGUGAUAUUUGCCAGAAGACGAUUGAGUUUUUGACAAGUUCCUUAGCCUUUCCAGACGACAGGUAUGAGGAGCGGUCCCACCAGCUACUAGAGGUACUGCUGUACCAGGUGGCCGUCAUGACGCAGUCAGGAAAGUUGAAGACAGGACAACAGACAUUACAGACUGCUUUGAAGGGUAGUUUGAUCGAGUACCUGGCACCAAAGGACCGUAGCCUGGCCUGGUUGGCUUACAUCCACCUCGUAGAAUUCCAUCAGCUGCCUCCGCAGCUGUUUGAUCCCGUUAACAGUAACCCUGGCAGAAUUGUUUCUAAGGAUCCACUUCUCAUCCCAUGGUUCUCAAUUCCAAAGCUCCGCACCUCACCCGAACACUUGAUUGGACUGUUCACAGAAGCUCUGGCCACUUGUACGAGCAAUUCUGCCUGCAACUUGACCCAUUGUGUUCUACCUCUAGAAAGGAACUUAGCUAAUCUUUUGGCAUCUCUGGGAAGGAUGAUUGAAGCCAAGCAGCGGUUUGAGGAUUUGAUUCAGCUAGACCCAAAGAAUGAGGAGGUGUGGUUUGCCUAUGCUGCGACUGUUGUAGAUGCAGAAAAUGGUGUUGAUAGCGCUAAAGAGGUUGUUUUCCAAGGUCUGGUGGAGAAUCCAUGCUCGGCCAAGUUGACCUUCAGUUUUGCCCAGCUGUGCUAUUCGCAAGGUUACCGUGACCAUGUAGUCGUAUUAUUGGUGGAAUAUAUCAACGGUAUCUUCCAGAUUGACAAGACAGGCACUGUGACUUACGACCCUAUAAUGCUGUACAACAAGUGUCUUGGCCUCCCUGUACCAUACGUGUUACCUCAAUUCGUAGACAACCUGGAUCCUUACACACUCAAGGAAUCAACUGUAUAUAUCUGGCUCAACUUCUGCUUCCUCGUGGCUCUGCAAGGAGAUGAAGCUCAGACUAUAGAUUUGUACGAAACUGCCAUAUCAACACUGACUGAACUCAAGGAUAUACAGACUGUAUGGUUGUGCUAUCUGAGAUACCGGUUAUCAUGCCUGGAGUCCUUGCCGGCUCUAUCCAAGCAGAAGGAGUUCAAGAACUUCACCGACCUGGUCUACCGGUGUUUAUCGAGUAUGCCGUCCCGUUUCCCUGUACCUCAUCGACCGGAUCAGAUGUGGGUUGACUUCACCUACCACAACGAAGUGGUCGAUCUCUACAUCAGGUUAUUGCCGGAGGACCAAAUAUACAAGGCGUAUGAGAAGUUCACACAGAUGAUGCCCACCAAUGUUGGAUUAAUCACACGUUCUCUCCAGCACCUGAUGAGGUCUGAGCACCACACCCAAGCCAAACUCCUAGCCUGCUCUGCUGUGAUAUACGACAAGUGUCUCAAUCUAGGACUGGCCAAAUGUGCGGUCAGUCUCAUUAAGAGGAAAGCAGAGCUGAGGAAGUUCUUCAGGAAGGUCGUCCGUCUGCUGCCAUACGCCAUCACUCUGUGGAAAGACUAUAUCCUGUUUGAAGUAGUAAACGGUAACGACGUCACGAUCGGGGAGAUCCUGAAGAUAUGCCGAGCUAGAAAUAUCAACAUUGAUGAUUACCUUAAUGCCAUAGUCAAGUGAAAGUGAAGAUUGGAGAUUCCUUUAGAUGAGAGACAGAACACAGUGGAAAGAGGAAAAAUUUAGCUGAAUUGCCAUUAACUGGCGUAUAGAAAUCGGGGCUAUUGAGAAAAAAUUAUAGAGUUCAAAUUAUGCCAAUGUUACCAACCAAAUAAUUUGCUGGGAAGCCAACCAUAAAAGCUAUGGUAUCAUGAGAACUGUUUUGAAAAUGGCGAGAAAUUAGCUAAGUAAAUAAAAUGAUGGGCAGGGUCUCCAAAUGCUAGGCCAAGUUUCUUGAGUUGACAGUUCAUAGCCGCCUUUGAAAGGUUGAGACAGGUGGUGGAAUCAGCUUAAGACAAGCCUGACGAUAGCCUUGCCAGAUGUUCGAAGGCAUCCAGUCCCGAUCUAAAGCUUGGUAGACGGAAGAAGGACUUGCUUCAGGGCAAGACGAUUUGAAACAGUCAAGUAGUUUGGUGGCCCAGUCAGCUUUCCAGCUUUGGUUUGUGUGUUUGGUGUUCAGCUUGCAUUUAACCUGGCCUUGCCACCUGGGAGAGAUUUCUUGGAGGAUUUCACUGGAAACAAAUUGCUGGAGUUAUAUCAAGAUACAGUGUGAAUUAUCACGGUUGUAAGCCAGGUAGACAAACUUCGAAGAGUUGAUACGUGGAACGGUCUUCUAGUUUGAAGAAAAACUUUAUUAUGAAAUCAUGGUUAUACUUUAAUGAGGAAUGUGACAUCAGUUGACAUAAUUCAAACGAUAUUUGGAUCAAGUUCCUGACUUUAAUCAUGAAAAAUACCAUUGAAGGACGUAAGUAUAUCAUGACAAAAUAUGCAGUAUGGUUCAUAACGUUAUCGGAAAGAAUCGGUGUAAUAGACAAGGUCUUGUCGUGUUGCAUUUCUGAUCAAAAUUUGUAAAUAAUUCCUUGCAGAAUGAACUUUAGAAGUGAACCAUACGGACAUAUUUUCCUCUUCACGUCUUAUGUUGUUUAUAUGUGGUUGUUGGGCACACACUUUACAAACACGGCUUUCUGUGUUGAUGUCGGUGGAUCAUAAGGAAUUCAGUUAUGAAUUCCUCAUAUGCAUCGACACAAUUUUGAAUGAUGCAGCAGCAUACGAAACAAAAUGAACUCUUGAUGACUUUUCAAAUCCUACACCAUUUGCAAAAAUAAACCAAAUUGAAAAAGAAACCAACAGAUUACCAAUUCACAGUACGGUACCCGUUCAUUUCAACAAUCUUCAGGAUUGCCAUCAAUAAUCAUGCUUUUCCAAAUUGUUACCUGACCAUGUUUAACUUUCAAACAUGGCGAUAACUUUGUGGGUGCCGAAUCCAGGGAUUUAUUUUCGGCAGUGUGAGGUAAAAUGGACGGUGCAAGUAGGUAGCAUUGCUGGCAAAUACUUCCCUGGUUUCAUUCUCCACAAGAGACAAGCUAAAAAUAUGACAGAAUGUUUGUAGAACAUACCGGGCACUGGUGUUCUUUUUUUCUUCAUUAGAUAUUGAAAUUGUUGAUGCAUAACUGUGCAUGGGACUGAUAUGACUCUCAAAUCUUGGAUAUUUUUUAAUUGGUACUAGCUUAUAAAAUGUCUUUGUCUGUAGUCGUUUGAUUGCAUCGCUUGAAAAGUCUUCAUCAAGUUAAUGAGUAGUUAUCUUGGCCUACGGUCUAUGGGUUAUUUUUUUAUAUUCUAAUUGACCCGAUUGACCAAGAUACCACAAUACAUGUACAUAUGUAUGUCAUUGAUUAUUGAUAAUGCCAAGUUGUUUUUUGAAAUAAUCUUCCUAACAACUUGAGAAAGUAUGCUGUCGAGAAUUCUAAAUGUAUUCAAAGUACAGUGUGUUGAUUUCGCAAAAAAUAAAAUGCUGUAGAUAUAUCAUUUUGCGCUAAAAUAUACUUAAUCAAAUUUAAA